AUGAGUGGGCGAGAAAGAAAACAUAGACCACUACGACAUGUCCGACUUGUUCAGCUGACCCGGCCUGCCGAGCCCAGUGAGCCAAAGCCUCAACGAGAAGAACUACCAGCUGAAAGUCAGGAUCAUACACCUGGUCAGAAGAGAGAAGAAUAUCAGGGUGGAGCUGAGAUUCAAGUGCCUGACCUGGAAGCUGAUCUCCAGGAGCUGUCUCAGUCAAAGACUGGGGAUGAAUGUGGAGAUGGUCCUGUGGUCCAGGGAAAGAGUGUACCAAAAUCAGAGCAGUGCAAAAUGCCAGAAGGAGGGAAGGGGAAACCACAGGAUUAA